AAUUUGUAAUUAAAAUGAUUUUAAAAUAAACUCUCCAUUUUUUACUAUUCUAGCACUAAACUAGUCGCACGGUUUGAGAGAAGAGGCACAACCUCCGUCAUUUCUUCUGUUUUCCCCCUAUAUGCUGGCGCUGCUCUCAACCGGCACAACCUCGCCGCUGCUCCUUCCACCGCCGGCCAGGAAUCAGGGCGAAUGAUAGCUAAUGAAACAAAUAUUGAAGACACGAUUCUGCGCCCCCCUCAGCUUCCUAACGCAUAACCUCGUUUCAAAGAGCCAUCGAAUUGAGCCGCCGUUCUCUGCAAAUUUGGUAGCAAUGGCACCCAAGAGACGGAUUUCGUGCUCAGCUACGUCCAAACGGAGUGAAGUUCUGAGUCUUGGAUCAUCUCCGCCCGAGAAUGUCACGAACGAGGAGAGCUGCGAAAUUGGUUUUGAGGUUAAUGUGGGUGAUAUUGAAGGUGUGGAGAGAAUGACAGUUCAACAACUCAGGUUAAAUCUCAGGAAAGCUGGAAUUUCUACUAGAGGUUGCAAGAGUGAGCUUGUCUCAGCCUUAAAGAGUUUCCUAAACGAUGCACAUCAUGUGGAGGAUAAGGUAUCCCAUGAAGAGAACCUUUCAGAUACAACACAAAACAGUUCAAGGAGGAACUCCAAUAAAGUCUCAACCAAUGAUGCCCAAAGGGUAAAUCUUGCUUCUGAAGUUCCACCAGUUAAGAGAGCUAAGAAAGCAGCAAUGCAAGGUCAUCAGGAGGGGGAACCUAGUGAUAUAAAACAAGAUCAACAACUCUUAGUUGAGCCCAAUGUGGUGGGAGGUAAGGAGAAGGUGAAAAAUAAAAGAGAAGUCAUUUUAGACAGUGCUAAUCCCUCUGUACAGCACAAUGAACCCUGGACAAUUUUUGCUCACAAGAAGCCGAAGGAUGGAUGGAUUGCAUACAAUCCCAAAACUAUGAGGCCACCUCCGCUUAGUGGUACCAAUAAUGCUUUGAAGUUAAUGUCUUGGAAUGUUAAUGGUCUGAGAGGCCUUUUGAAGUUGGAGAGCUUUUGCAUAAAUCAACUUGCACAAAGAGAAAACUUUGAUGUUCUGUGCUUGCAGGAGACUAAAUUGCAGGAAAAGGAUGUUCAGCUAAUUAAGGAGAGGCUUGUAGAUGGAUAUGAAAAUAGCUUUUGGGCAUGCAGUGUGUCUAAGCUUGGAUAUUCUGGUACUGCUAUAAUUUCAAGGCUUAAACCACAAUCUGUAAAGUAUGGUAUGGGCAUCACAGAUCAUGAUUCAGAAGGGAGGCUUGUUACAGUGGAGUUUGAUAGCUUUUAUCUUUUGUGUGCAUAUGUUCCCAAUUCUGGCGAUGGCCUAAGGAGAUUGUCUUAUAGAUUCACAGAAUGGGAUCCUUCUCUUAGCAAUUAUAUGAAAGAGUUAGAAAACUCAAAACCUGUUAUUUUGUGUGGUGAUCUGAACUGUGCUCACGAGGAGAUAGACAUCUUCAAUCCUGCAGGGAACAAAAGAAGUGCAGGAUUUACAGAUGAGGAAAGGCAAUCAUUCGAAAAGAACUUCUUAAACAUGGGUUUCGUAGACACGUUCAGGAAACAACAUCCUGGUGUUGUUGGUUACACAUACUGGGGAUACAGGCACGGAGGCCGUAAAACUAAUAAAGGAUGGAGGCUAGACUAUUUCCUGGCAUCGGAAUCCAUUGCAGAUAGAGUCUAUGACUCGUACAUCGUCCCCGAUAUCAUGGGCAGUGAUCAUUGUCCAAUUGGACUUGUACUCAAGCUUUAGAGAUGAAUAAUCUAAAUGGGGAAGCAAACGGGAAGCCAUACUAUUAUUCAAUGCCAGGUUGGUCCUAGUCCUACAAUGAGAUUCCGAAUGGCAGUGAGAUGUGUUACAACAUGUCAAAUGGGAACAUUCCAACUAAGCUCGGAUCUCUCAAGAACCUCACUGUUCCUGCUGUUGGAAAUUUAUUGGAUAAUAUGGUUUUAGUGUUCAACAUUUUCCUUGCUAACAUUAUUUCAAUUAGGUGUUGUGAAGUUGUAUUGAAAUCGUAAUUAAGGAUGAAUAUUAUGAGUAGAAUGAGUUUGACUAAUAGGAAAAGACAAUUUGUGUUGUCUAGCUCUAGGGCAUACAUCACAACAGGACAAAGAGGACAAACUUCCAUUAUCAGAAAUACAAAGUUGCUGAAGUU